ACUGGUUGUGUCUCUGGUGACGUAGUGAAUUCCUGACUGCGUUUCAUAACACACGUAGAGAAUUCCUAUUUGUGGAUCGCGUAUUCUUGUCUAGGUCGUGUAGGAGGGCUUAACCCGCAUAACAGAUUGCAGAUUUUUUGCUAUAUGUGAAGUGGUUUUAGUGUUGUUAAUACAGUGAGAAUAUUAAUGUCGUAAUGUUGUUCCGUAAACGUCUUGUAAACAGUCAUAGACUUGAUCAAAAUUGAUGUUUGUGCACGUUUACAAUACAUUAUUUUUGCCCAAUGUGCUAUUAAGCAUUGUAAAAAAUGUUGCAAGUUGACUUUUAAAUGACAUGGCCAUGAAGCUCAGCAGUCAAGAAAAGAAAGAAUUGGACAAAUUCACCAAAUUCCUCGCACUGAAAUCCACCCAAAUCAUAGUACAGUCUAGGUUGGGUGAAAAAGUGUCGACACCAUGCAAACCGCAGACUACAGGAACAGACUGGUUCAACCUGAACAUCAACGAUUUGCCAGAGGUGUUGGCAGAAGCGAAGAAAGCACUGAACGGUGAAGUCCUGUCAUCUCGUCUACCACUAUGUGUAGAAAUCUCUCUCCGAACAGUAGAAGGGGACCAGAUGGUCCUAGAAUCGUGGUGCCUUGGCUUGUUGCCCGAACAAUGUGACUCCACAGCGAGAAUCGUACAUACAGUGUACAACCGAAUGGGUAUUUUAUUAAAAUCGCUAGUGUCGGUUACUAGGGUCACCCCGGCUUACAAACUAUCACGCAGACAAGGACCCGACUCGUUCGUCAUCUGUUACCGCAUAUACAUGGAUGAGCCGCAGGUCCAUUGCCUCGGGGAGGGCUACAAGCAAGUUCGCGUCGGGCAGAUCUGUACCCCCAUAGGAACCUUGCAGUUGUCCGUGUCGUACCGUACUAAAAUGACCAUUUCCCCCACACAGGCGGGCAGAGACAAUUCCAUCCUGUUGAAAAGUGACCAUUUCAACACCAACCUGAGCCCCAGGAGUAAAAGAUACAACCAAAAUGACGAGAAGACCUCCCUGAGCGACACCAUGAAGCUCGGCGCCUUCGCCGACUACAAGAAGAAGAACUUCGAGCCCCAGCUCAUCAUCCCCAACACGCCGUUCAGCAAGCUCUUCACCGAGAAGAUGUCCCCCGACAAACAUUCGGAGGACAGCGAGUCCCUGUCCAACUCGAUCAGCAACGACGCCAGCAAACACAGCAACGGCGUGACCGAGAAGGAGGACAGGGAGAAGGAGAAGAAGGAGAAGGAGAAGAACGGCAACCCGCCCUCGCCGCCGCUCGAGUCCAGGCUGGACGCCCUCACCAUGGUCUCCACCAACGACGACUUCAUUAUGGUAGACUUGAAAACGCCCUUUGCCAGCACAAACGAGAAGAGCGAGCUGGGCAAGUUCUACAGGGAGUGGCAGAGCGCCCCCCCCUUGCAGGCCUUCAUCGACCUGCCCCCCCUGGAGGAGCUGGACCUCACGAAACAGCUGGAGACGUUCGAGUCGGACUUGAACGAGUACGACACCAUCGUGCAGUCGCUCUGUCAGUCGCCCAACAACAACUGAACGUUUCGUCCGUCGAGUUGGACCCGUCUUCGUUGCCCCCCCGCCCGCACACAUUUCAUUUGAAUGGAGUUUAGACGAGAUCUAAAUUUUUGUUUUGGUGGGAUCCGUAACCGUUAUUGUGAUAUAUUUAUUCGUUCGACACCGGUCGGUGCCGUUCUAUUUUUAAAAAGGAAUCGUUUCGGCGAGGAGGAUAAGACUGGGGAGCGAGCCGGCCUGAGGGCCGACACGAAGGGACUUUGCCAAAGACUGAUAUGAGUAUAAAAUCGACUGUAAAUUAUUGUACAUACUUUGUUGAGUUAAUAGAGGAGAGAGUGAAACUA